UUUUUGGUACCAUUAUUGACCAACAACAAAGAACACCUGCAAAUACAGACUGUAUCUUGUUAUUUCAACUGCAAAACCCCUUCUUAAUCCCCCUAUCCUGCUCUUCAUUGCAGGGUAGGUUACCUAACAAUAUUCUUUCAUCUUGUUUUUAAAUUAAUUUUAAACAUUGUCACAUAACAUUGCUUUUUGCUUUGUUAUUAUUAUUUAUCUUCAAUGGGUUGCAACAAUUCGAGCUUGAAUGGAGAUGGAGAGGUAUUGCCAGUGAGACUCCGUCCUCUCCUUCGCCAACGAAUGGAGGAGUUUCGAAAACGGAGAAGCAACAGAGUCUCUCUGGGAGUAGGAGAAGAAGGAGGUUUGUCCAAGAAGCAGUUGCUGAAGGAUGAUGCUGCGGAAGAUGAAAACUCUCAAUCUUCUGAUGAAAAUGAAAUAGAAAAAAAGCAAAACGUGUUGGUGCGUGUGGUGGUUGUAGAAAAGCUCUCUAAAGUUGUUCCAUUGCCAGACUUCGAAUGCAUGAAUGAUGAGUUGCAAUGUAGAGAUCAUAAAGAUCAAGAACAAGAAAAAGUGAAAGAUGUUGCAAAGGAGGUUGACAUAAAGAAAUCAGUGCCGGAGCCAGAGGAUAAAUUUGAAGAAGUGAGUGAAAAACAUGAAGAAGUAAAUUAUGCAAAAGAUGAUGAAGAAUAUGCACAACAUAAAGAAGCAUAUGCAAAAUGUGAAGAAGAAAGUGCAAAACAGAAAGAAGCAAAUGCAAAACAUGAACUAGAAACUGCAAAACAUCACAGUGAUGAUGAGGAGAAUGACGAGGAGGAGGAGGAUGAGGAUGAUUAUGAAAUUGGCAGGUGCAUAGGUCCUGGCUCGCCCAGCUUCAGAAUUUAUUAUGUUGAAGCCGAGAAGAGAAAACAAGAAGAAAAAACAUGUGAGAAACCAAUCAUUGCCGUCCACCAUAAGUCACCCAGUGCUGAGAGUAAUGAUAGUGAAAGCGUUGCAUCUGGAUCAUCAAGGAACACUGGAAACUCAAACGAGGUUGUCAAAAUUGAAUCAGCUCCAAAGAGAAAAGGAAAUAGGAUAAAGAAAUUUGGGGGAAUGAAGAAAAAUCUAUUCCACGUUAAGCAUCUACAUAUGAAUGGAAUGAACAAAAUGAUGGCAUGCACGGGCAAUGACAGAAAAAGUAUUCUUUCACAACAUUGAUUGUAUAAAAAUAGAUGAUAGAAAGAAUGCAAAGACAAAUUAUAUUACCUUCUUUCCUUCUUCUUUGUUUGAGCUUUUGUAGGGCUUCUGAGUCCCCAUCAAAUGGUAGAUGGCAUGGCAUGUAAGCCUACCUUUAUAUUAUUAAUCUUUGUUUCUUUCAUUUAUUAAUUUAUGCAAUUGAAUAUUCUUAAUCACA